AUGAAUACCCGUCCCGUCAUCGAUGACUCUGCUGGGCCGAUUGCGCUUUCAGCCUCGUUCAACAGCGAUGCGAGCUGUUUCGCCAUUGGCCUCGACUCGGGCUUCUGUGUUUUCAAUUCGGAUCCCUGCGAACUCAAGGCUUCCAGAGAUCUGAAUGCCGGAAUCGGUACAGCUGAAAUGCUGGGGCGAUAUAACUAUCUGGCCUUGGUUGGAGGUGGAAAGAACCCAAGAUGGCCUCAGACCAAAGUUAUGAUAUGGGACGACGCGAAACAAAAAGUUGCCAUCACGCUGGAGCAAAAGACCGCCGUGCUACGAGUUCGCCUGACCAAGUCGUGGAUCGCCAUCGCCAUCCAGAAUAGCAUCAACCUCUAUAAGUUCUCCUCGCCUCCUGAAAGAACUGCCAUAUUUGAAACUGCAGACAAUCCGCUGGGUCUAUGCUGUUUGGGCUCCAGGAUUGUUGCUUUCCCCGGCCGGUCGCCAGGAAAAGUACAGCUUGUGGAGCUGGGGUCGGGCAAUGUAAGCAUCAUCCCAGCGCACACGUCUGCCUUGCGAGCGAUGGACCUGAGCAGGGACGGACAACUCUUAGCUACUGCCAGUGAGACGGGCACAUUGAUUCGUGUCUUCUCGACCGCAAAUUGUACCAAGAUAGCAGAACUGCGUCGUGGAGUGGACCCGGCCUAUAUUUUCAGCAUAGCCAUCUCCCCUGACUGCAAUAUGCUCGCCGUGACGUCGGACAAAUCGACCUUACACGUCUUUGAUCUGCCGCCAAAUCCCUCUUCACAGUCGCAACCCACCAGCCCACUCAGCCCGACCUCUCAACAACGCCGCUCUCAGUCACCACAUAUUCCCGCCUUGCCUGAAGAGGAGCCAGCGACGAACCAGAAAUGGGGGUUCCUUUCGAAGAUUCCCCUGCUCCCCCGAGUUUUCUCAGACAUCUACUCGUUUGCUUCCGCGCAUUUUGAGAUGGGUGAUGAGACUGCCGGCUUUAAUCAGACGACACUAUCCUACUUGCCCGCGCUGGGGUCCUUGCCAAACCGGCCACAGAAGGGGAUUCUGGGAUGGAUUGAAAAUUCCACGAUCAUCUGCAUUGGCACGGGAAGAGACGCGCGAUGGGAAAGAUUCAGAGUUGGCGAAAGACCCGGGGUCGCGGACGAAGGUCAAAGAAGUGUUUGGAGGGAUGGAUGGAGGAAGUAUUUGGGCAGCUGA